ACUGGGGGUUCUGACGAGGGAGAGAGAAAGAGAGAGGGGGGUUUAAAACGUCAUUCCGUGUGGGAGCCCUGAUAUGUGCGACACUCGAGGAGUUUGCGCUCCGGUCAGGCUCGCGCACUGGGAUCCUAACCGUCACCAGCACAUAAAAGCGCGGAUAACGGAGAUGAUUCCCCUCACACAGCAACACGACACGGAGCAAAGUGUGCGCAGAUGGCAGCGAAGAAGUGUCCUGACAGUUUCCACACACCUCUGGAUGUGACGCGCUCCAAGUAGCGGAGUUUACCGUGACAGACCGCAGGUGGGAUUCCCAUAAGAGGAGAGCUCGGGUUUGACUUUUUGUUGGACAUGGGACCGGGUCUCAGCUGUUUUGGAUACGGUACCGGAGGAACCGCGUCUUCUUGAACGGGGAGCUGUCGACAGUAGGACACCGACGAGAUGCGCUCCGACCACGGCUUCAUCCUGCUGCUCCUCAACGGGACAGCCUGCUUGCUGGCUCUAGGACAGGAAGAUACCCACUCGUCAUCUUCCAUCCCCUCAUCUACGUCUAAGUCCUCCUCCUCAGCAGACUCUUCCAAAACUUUGGGGGUUCUGGGAUCUCAGGGUUCGAUUUCACCCUUGAGUCGCUGGGUGAUGCACAGCCGCGGCCGUGCCGCCAACACUUCCACUAUGGAACUGCCCUAUCGUUCGCCAGUGCCCUUUUCCAAACAAGAAUUUUGGGAGAUGCUGGGCAGCGAUCUUUUCAAAUCAGACACGGACGCAUCGGGGAGCUCACGUGUCAAGCGCCGCCCACCCAUCGUCAAAACUGGCAAAUUUAAGAAGAUGUUCGGCUGGGGCGACUUCUACUCCAACAUCAAGACGGUGCGCCUCAACCUGCUCAUCACGGGGAAGAUCGUGGACCACGGGAAUGGAACUUUCAGCGUCUACUUCCGUCACAAUUCCACCGGCCAGGGGAACAUCUCAGUGAGCUUGGUACCUCCGGUGAAGGCAGUGGAGUUCGACUUGGAGCGCCAGAGCGUGGUGUACCCUAAAGACUCGAAGAUCUUCAACUGUCGUGUAGACUAUGAGAAGGUGGACCGCAGCAAACGCACCUCGCUGUGCAACUAUGACCCCUCCAAGACCUGCUUCCAGGAGCAGACACAAAGCCACGUGUCCUGGAUCUGCUCCAAACCCUUCAAGGUCAUUUGCAUCUACAUUUCCUUCUACAGCACAGACUACCGACUGGUGCAGAAGGUCUGUCCAGACUAUAACUACCACAAUGAGAUGCCCUACCUACCCUCAGGCUAGAGCUUCGUGGAGCAAUUGUCUGGGGCAAGGAGGGCUGGUUGGGGGGAAGGAGUUGGUAUACAAAGGAACAGUUCUAUUAAGGAUGCGAAGAUGAAUGUGCAAUGCUAAUAUGGGAGGGUUUUUCUUUUAUCUAAAGACUCUUCAGAAACUUAUCACUGAGCUGAUAUGGAACAACCCCUCAUGAUUUUAACACCACAGGUGAUUCUCUAAAAGGUGAAUGUACAGUAUUCGAUGUGCUGCAGUUGAUGUCUUGAAGAACCUCUUAAGCAACCUGGCGAAUAUGACCUGCAAAAACACAUAUAUGCAAAACCAAAUGGUCAGGCCCAGGUGCUCAGGGUGGAAGUGUCUGCUACAUCAGUCCGAGUCCCUGAUUGGCUGCGCUCAUCAGUUUCCAGUGUUACAGUCUUCUAAAAAACAAAUAGGAACAAGAAAACAUGCUUGUCACCCCAGGCUGUUAUUCAGAGGUGGAAGACAUGGCUGACUUUGUGUACACUCUUAAAAAUAAUGGUUCUUUUUUAGCAUCUAUUGCUCUUUAAAUAUCCAUGGAAGCUUUGCAUUGAACAGAAGGUUCUUUAGAGUGGAGGUUCUUUAAAUUUUACUUCACUGAAAAGUUCUUCUUGGAACCACAAGAAGCUAAAACCACCCCUUAGAAGAACCUUUACUUUUAAGAGUGUAGCUUGUUUUCCCAAAAACAAACACAGCUAAAGCAACCUAACACAAAAUUUACACAGCAUGACUCACUGACACUUUUUUCCACAUCUGUAUAUUAUACACAAAAACAAAGGAUGAUACAAGAAGAAGAUUAAAAAGGAAGCCAGUGCUGUAAAUGAAAAAUGCAGGAGAGCAAAAUUUACAGAUUUCACAAAAAGAUAAAAGCCUCCACCUCCCUAAUAUCAAUGAGAAAGAACGAAUGCAUUAUAGAAAGCACUUUAAUUAAAAAUACAGCACCGAAAAAGAGAUGUUGAGUCUGCAUUGAGCCCAAUCUCUCUAUUGUUCUGACUGUUAGGAAAGAGCAGAAAAGACGUUUUGUUUAGUCAGGAUUCCUGACUUUGUGCUGUGAUAACUGUUCUGCUGAACGCACGAUUGCUUCGUCCUUGUCUGAACAUUCCCUUACAGUCAGCCAGUUUAUCGUUGAGAAAAAAAAAACAAGAAAUAUUAUUGUUCAUUUUGCAUAAUUUAAUCGCGCUGCAUUGGGAGAGCUUGCAUUACAUUAUGAGAUUUACCUGGCCGAGACCUUUUCUGGAUGUAAAAUUACCACAUUAGAUUAACGGCAUUCAAGCUGACCUUCAAUGAACACACUGCUUAUUGAUAAUUGUUGUGAAGGAAAAACAGUUAUAUACAAUCCAAGUGGAUUUAGAUAAAAGAUGGGCAGACCUUUUAUGUUACAGGCCAGGUGAAGUCAGGGAAGAAAUGACAGAUGGGAAAAGAGAGAGGAAGGAUGGAAAGUAAAAGACAGCAGUAGGAGUUAUGACGUCUGCAGUGACGAGCGGGUGUACGUGACAGAGUGAAGAGGAGAAUGAAUGAGGAUAUGAAAGGGGAAAAGGGUGAUGCACAACAUGAGAAAAUGAACAGGAGAUGGACCGGGAACAAACAGAUGAGAAAGAGACUAAAUGAAUAUAGGGGAGGGGAAGAGGAGAGAAUCAUGGAAAAAAGACUGAAAAACAAACUCAGGAUGCUAAAUAGAGUAACAUAAAAGCACAAUAUGGAACAUCAAAGUGUCGUCUUACCGAGAGAGUUGGAGGGAAGAAGCUUUUUAUGAGCCCACGAAGGGGAAAAAAACCCUCUUUGCCUGAAGUUAAAUUCAGUACGGUGAAUACACCCCUGUGGGUUUCAACGCAAUUUAGAGUGUAACAAAGACGGAAAUAUCCUGCCGGAUAGAUCAGUUUAUCCUUGUUCUUAAAAGACGUACUAUUUAUCUCCCUCUAAUCUCAAAUGUAUUGUUUUACUUACAGACAAAGCUGCACAACACUUUGACAACAGCCUGUGUUCCACUGUCAGUGUGUGUAGGGUCCUAACUAUAACGAAAAGUGCGCAGGGUCCAAAAUAAUAUCACCAGCAAUUCAUUCGGAAACUUGUAGCAUCAUAUAUAGGCUGGUUAAAAAACAAAAAACAAAAACAAAAAAAACAAAGUUAAACAAACACUUUAGAUAUCACAGAUAAAGUUAUAAUGAAGAAAAGUUAUUAUCUCCAUUCAGCUUAGUAGAUGGUAUGAUUUUACAUCACAUAUAUCAUUCAUACAAUCCGACUUAAACCAUGUUGCGAAUCUUUCUCUGUGUUCAUUUUGUGCCCUGUAAUUGCUAAAGAGGGUAGAAGAAGAGUCACCUGUGACUGCCAGAACAGGUCUGUGUCUGUUCAUUUGAUCCAGACUGUGUUGCUUUGAUCUGUCUCUGUUGCUUCCUAAACCGCGUGGAGCUGUUUGGCCAGUCUGGUCAUAUCAAAUUUGCCUCAGUCUAAUUCUCAGAACAGACACGUGAAAAUAAAACACCUCUGUCAGUGCUCCAGGCUUUACCCAGUGCAGCAUGUCUGGUCUGCCCUGCUGGUGAACUGAGCACCGGGGCUCACAGCUCUCUGCUCUCUUCUCCCCUCAGGCGCUGGUCUGGACUGAGCUUCCUAAUCUCCUGCAGCUUAACUACACUACUGCGUGCACACACACACACACACACACACACACACACACACACACGCAGCCGCUCACGUAACGGCAUAAUUGCUCAAACUGCAGGAAUCUUUAAUCUUUUUAUUAUCGGUUCUAUUUUGUUCAUUCUUUCAUUUGUUCACUUCCUUUUAUUUGUUUGCUUUUUUAUUCAUUUUUGUCUUUUGUGCUUUCUUCUGAGAUAAUCUUUCUUUUUCCUUCUUUGUUAAUUUUUUUUGUUCACUUCCUUUAAUGUUUGCUUCCUUCAUUCAUUCUGCCUUUUUUCACUUUCUUCUUCCAUUCACUCUUCCUUCCUUCCUUCCUUCCCACCCACUCACUUUCUCUCGCUCUCUUUCUGUCUGAUCCUCAAGAAACAUCUUCAGCAAACCCCUAGUGGUUCCCUUCACUCUUCUCAUGGUCACAGGAUGUUUUUGGAGCCCUUCUUUCUAGCGCUCCCACACUUAGCUAACAACAGAACAGUAAGUGUUCCCCUGAUGAUUUGCUACGAGAGUUUGCUGACUAUAGUGUGUCUAUAUUAAACCACUGAACACGAGCACAAGUGGGCUGCACUAAAACGUACAGUUUAGAAAUCAAUCCUAAUUUGCUUCUAAUUGCUUUCAGGUAACAGUAGCACUCUGAAUGUUACUUAAAUCUGUUUAUACCCAUACACAACGCAGUCCAGGGGAAAUGUCUCCAAAACAACUCAGAAUCUCUCUCUGACUGCAGAAGAUGGAUAAGGAGACUACACUGUCACGCACUGCUGGGCGUUGCCAAAGCAAGGAUAAAAGUUGAAGUGGAGGAACUCUUCAGUUGUCAUAGCAACAGGCUCCUUGGCUGGCCUGUUGGACUUGGACGGAGCAUCGGACACCUGGUCAGUCCGGAGAACCAGAACUGAGCUAGCAGCCUCUGUAAGCAACAAAUUGUACAAUGAAAUGUGGUACAACAUGUACUGAACAGACAUAUACUGCACAUAAAUAAAUGAAUAUUUAUAAAUAGAUAUAUGAAAAUAUAUAUAUAUAUAUAUAUAUGAAUACAGAUAUAUCCAAUAAUCCAACUCCCAGGAACUGGAUGAAGCUGUAUUACAUGUCAGACAUACAGUGGACUCUUCUCUGGUUCAUUUGAGGUUUACCGUUUAUUUCUCUAUUUUUACAUUGUUUAUUUUACGUGUGUGUCAUAUUGAUAUAGUGUAUGGAUGACAAUGGUGGCAUUUAUUGUGGUUUUCUGACAUCUGACAAAAAAAAAUAUCUGAAUAAAUUAGAAGGAAAGCACUGAGUUUGGCUCCCGAGCUCAGAGGGCUAAAGUGACUGUCGUCUCAGGUCUCGUCUUGUUUUGACUGCUGAUUGACAGAGGGGAUGACAUGAGCACCACAUGAAAGUCUAUGUUAUCGCUCUAUUUGCAUACCUGUAUUCAGUGCCCAUGGCAAGAAGCGGGGAAAACAGGAGGCAAUGGUCCACAGGGACACGGGAGAAAGAGAUUACAGAAUUACUGAGACGGUGGAACUAUACAAUAAAUUACACUUAAACCGUGUCAGCAUGAACUCAAAACGUCUACAAAGUUUCUCUUACUUUCUGUUCUUUCUUGGAAAUAAGUGGCAUUAAAUCUGUCCAGCAUCACAAUUAAACCUGACAUUUCAUAGCAUGCAAAUGAGCUUAAAUGAUGUUGUCAUAAAGCAGAUUGAUUACAAUGUGGUAUCUGAUAGCAACUUCAGCUCCCCCUUCUGUUUAUUUUGUCUUUAUAUAUGUUAUUUCACAUCCCUAACCGCCCUCCACUCUCUCCUCUUUUGCUCUCUUUCCUCUCAUCUCCCAAUCCGGCCUCUUGCACAGCCUGCCUGAGGAUAACCUUGGAGAGAGUGAUGAAACCGCUCUAAUUUGAGCGGUGUGCUCCCGCUCAACCCAACGUUAAUAACAUAAUUCAAAACAAACCAGUGGUGGCGCCCCACAGCACAUCACACAGCGAGCGAGAAGAGAACAUAAAUAAAGACUGACAAAAGGAGCGAAAGAUAAGAGGAGAUAAACAGAUUUAAGAGGGCAGGAGCACAACAAAUACAGGAGGUGAAUAGAAAAAGAACGUUGUUGAAAUAUUUGAAUAUGAAAUAAAUCUCUACAGUUAAUAAAUAACAGAGUAUCAGACGCUGCUUUGGGUUGUUGUGUUUUCAGAAGACAGCAGGAAUAUGCUAAGGCCUGCGAUCCGCUGAAAGUUAGCCCGUAUGUCG